AUGACUGCGCUAUACGUUCCUUCGGGAGCUACUCAGCUGUAUUCCCAUCUGCUAAGGAGGUCGUCACAUAACAGACUGGUGCUUUCCCACCAAACACGUCGUCACCUCAUGGGCUUCGUUAGGAAUGCCCUAGGUUUGGAUCCUCCUCCUUCUCCGGACGAUCCUACUCCAGAGAAUCGAUUCCACCCAUGGGAUCAGUCGCCCUCAGUGGACUUGCGUGAAAGGGCUGCUAAAAUUAGAACGCUAGCGCACUGCCCAGUUACAGGCAAAGAUAUUAACUACACAUGUCCUCUUUCUGGAAUUCCAACGCACCACUCACGGGAGGCGUGGGAGAUGGAUAAAGCAUAUCAUGACUCCAAAAAAUAUGAAAUCUUGAAAAAAGUUAAUAUAUAUGAACAUGACCUAAGAAGCGGUAGACCCUUCCCUGAAUUUGAUUUCCCUCAGAACCAGGGCUAUGACAAGGCCGUAAACCUUACGAAUUGGGACUUGUUCUUUUACACAAGAUCCUUCUAUUCCAUGGAUACAGAGUUCCAAUUAGCUGCGGUUACAAAAAUGCUAAGUUAUCCCAUUACCAUUGGGUCCUUGCUGCACAAAUUUUCCCCGUAUUCUUUAAAUCCAAAGGGGCCCAUCACUUUAGAAGGUUUGAAAUCUUUGGCCGCCCUUAGGUAUACUUUAUAUCCACUCGAAAAUAGAUCUUUACUGACAGCUACUAAGAACCGUGCAAUGAGGAUUUUCAUCCUAGGUGCACGUGCUGAAGCUCAAUUGCCAGGCCACGUCUGGAAGCAGCUGCAGUUUCUUUUCCCAGAACAGAAUUUUGAAAUACAUUUCAUUGGACCAGAAUGUCUAUACAAGAGAGAUAAACAAGAGUAUGUAAAGUCUACCACGCCGGUAGUACAAAGGGUAGAUGAGACUCUGAAAUUUAUUCACCGUACAGACUUCUUCGAGGUGUUCCAUGAGGCUCAAGAUUUCUUCCCAUAUGAUCCAUACAUGGAUGUCUUUUUUACUUUUCAUCCAGGCUACGCAUCCCCCGAAUCUCAUGGUUCAUGGAUGGGUGAAACCAUGAAGGCGUUGCUAGAAACCAAGUGCGCUAUCUUUACAACAGGCUUCAAUAAGAAAGAUCUAACGGACGACUUAAAUCUUGUCAAAUCAAAGUACGGUAAGGAAAUGGAUAUUUUAAUGGACCCAGUCAAAAACGUGUUUGGCAGCACCAAGUGGGAAUUGAAUGACAUGAACCCUCAAGAAGUUUAUCAAUUCAACAUGUAUAUUGCCGGCUUUAGAGGAAAAAGGUACCACACAAUCAAGAGACAAUGA